AUGUCGCCCAAUUCCAGAAACCUCCACGGUUCCUGUAACUUCUUCCUAGCUUGUGGCUGCUUCACUGACAUCUGUCACACCUCAGCCCAUUGGGUCUACAUGAUAACUACAGUAUCCGGAAUCAAUUUCAUACCGUUUUCGCUAUGUUUGUGGACUCAAACUAUACCUCAGUUUUGUGUCACUGGUAGUAUCAUUAUGACAUUGUGCGUUGGAAUCGACCGGUUGUUGUCGGUUAGCAUGCCAGUGUCAUAUGGACGUACUGACAAGAGAUUGGUUUGUGCUGGAGGGGUUACUGUAGCACUGUUGCUGGGAAGCUAUUUUUAUGUUGUUUCGGUUUUGUUUGCCAUUUCUGACCAGGGCAACACGUAAGUUUGUAAUACGAUUGGCUUUAAAGUAGACUUAAACUUAGGCUGAAUCGAAAAAAGCUUGGACUGAAUGGGUUUAAACUUGAAGUUAGAUUUAAUCAUAGGCAUAAACAUAAGUAUAAUCUUGAGCGCGGGCUUGGGUUUGAGCUCAGACUUAGGCUUAAGUUUAGGCUUAGGCGUAGACUUAUGUUUAGACUUAGGUUUAGGUUUAUGUUUAGACUUAGACUUAGGUUUAGGUUUAUGUUUAGACUUAGACUUAGGUUUAGGUUUAAGCUUAGGCUUUAAUUUAGGCUUGGGCUUAAACUUAGGCUUAGGCUUACAAUUAGGCUUAGGCUUAGAUUAAAGAUAAAACUACGUUUUAGGCUUACGCUUUGCUCUAACCUUAGUUUUAAGCUUAUCUUUAGCUUUAGUCCAAGCCAGUUCAAGCUUAGAUUUGAACUUUUUAGACUUAUGCUUAGACUUAAAUGGAGGCUUAUGCUAACUAUAAGUUAAAUACUAGAGUUACGUUUAGGUUUAGUAGACUGUUAACAACAAAACUUAUUAUUUUCAGCCCAGUUCUAUGCGUUAUAGUCAACAGUCUGAGCCCUGUAGCUCAAUCUGAAUGGUUUGCUUUUUGUGUAGCGGUGAACGUGCUCGACCUCAUCGUAUACACUACAGUAUGGCUGUUUCUGCGAUUCAGAGCUGGAAUGUCAGAUGAAAGCAAAAAAGUCUUUAAAUCUUUAUUUGUCAUCAUGUUGACAGUAGCCUUCGGAUGGUUAGCUAAUGCGUUUGUACAAGCUGUCAUUGUACCACCGUUUGUACCAGUCGAUGCUCAAAUGGAUGUGAUGUGCUACUGGGGUAUUCCGGUGAACUUGGCUAGUGCUUCUGGUGCACUGACAUUGUACUUGUUCAGGUAGGGUGGGGUAGGGUAGGGUAGGGUAGGGUAGGGUAGGGUAGGGUAGGGUAAGGUAAGGUAGGGUAGGGUAGGGUAGAGUAGGGUAGGGUAAAGUAGGGUAGGGUAGGGUAGGGUAGGGUAGGGUAGGGUAGGGUAGGGUAGGAUAGGGUACGGUAGGGUAGGGUAGGGUAGGGUAGGGUAGGGUAGGGUAGGGUAGGGUAGAAAUUAUUUUUUUUAGAUUUGUCGUUUUAGUAAAGAGUACCGUGACACCUUCCGAAGGCUUCUGGGGCUUCCAGAAUUGAAAAUAAAGAAUGCUCAAGCUUUCACAACACCUUCAGUCGCCAAGUCAUCUAAAUCAUAG